AAAUACAGAACCCAACUCAAACCCUCUUUAGAAACAGCGUGCGAAGGAGUCACGGAUAUCGAACCUUGUUCAAUUGAAUAAAAGCAUUUCUGAGAAAGCAUCCCUUGCACAUCUGUGUUCCAGAUGCGCUGGGUGAGGAGUAACGCGCUGGGCAUUAGGACCCAGAGGAAUGCGUGGGGUGGGUGCCGCUGCCUGCCUGUCACCCUUCUCUGCAGUGUCUCGAUGCAUUAGAUUCAGGGGAGGAAGCUCUCAUCAGCUGCACCUCGACCGUCUCAGUCAUCCAGGACAAUAAAAAGCACACACGCAACAACCAAGGUGUUUUUCUGAUCCGGAAAGAAACGAACAGACGAGACAGACGUGAGUUGGCAAAGAUGACCUAAGAUUAUCAGAGGACAUCGCCCCAGCCAACAGGGUCAGCCGCCCGCACAGGCUCUGCAGCUCCACGGGCAUCCUCAGGGAACCAGCCAACCUCCACCCAAAACCAGGACCUGGACGCAACUAUGAAGGACGAGUCGAGGAACCUGUUUGGGCGAACAGACUUCCGCUCCUCCUGAAAGUGUCCUUCUCGUAGCGAUGUCCCUCGACGCCCUGGGUUGCCUUCUUCAGGGAUUGAGAACUCCAGAGCAGCACUGAGCAUCGCCCCCGGCUGGAAGGAGGAUGGGUGAUGGAUCUGUGAGUCUCAGUGUUGCAUCGCUGCCUUCGUCACGUCGAUGGAGCUUCCAGCUUCGAACGCGUCACAGGCCAUCGGGAAUGCCUCUGAGCUGGACUUGUAUCUCCAGACCUCCCAGCAGCUCUCGGCACGCCCCGGCAACUCCUCCCUGCCCUCCCAGGAAGGUGGCGUGGUCUCCGAGUCCAUAGCUCUCUUCUUCAUGCUGCUCAUUGACUUGGUGGCCGUGGUGGGCAACAUUGCGGUGAUGACCGUCAUCGCCAAGACCCCGCAGCUGAGGAAGUUUGUCUUCGUGUUCCACCUGUGCCUGGUGGACCUUCUGGCUGCACUGAUUCUGAUGCCCCUGGGGAUGCUCUCCAGCUCCGCCCUGUUUGAACGAGCCUUCUUCAGCGAGACCCUGUGCAGGGGCUACCUCUUUCUGAGCGUCUGCUUCAUCAGCGUGGUCAUCCUGUCCAUCUCCGCCAUCAACAUUGAGCGCUACUACUACGUCGUGCACCCCAUGCGCUACGAGGUCAAGAUGACCGUCAGCCUGGUGGUCUCUGUGCUGGUCUGCGUCUGGAUCAAAGCCAUUGUUAUGUCCGUAGUCCCUCUGCUGGGCUGGAGCUCCCAAGGAUCCUUGCAGGUCAACGGGCAUUGCUCACUGCAGUGGAACGGAGGGAACCGGAAGCUCUUUAUCGUGUUUUUCAGCCUCUUCUAUUUCCUCUGCCCGGUUCUCAUUAUCUUGGUGGUGUACUGCAGCAUGUUUAAAGUAGCCAGGGUGGCUGCCAUGCACCACGGACCCCUCCCGACGUGGAUGGACACUCCCCGUCAGAGAUCCGAGUCCCUCAGUAGCAGGUCGACCAUGGUCACCGGCUCUGAGGCGGCAAGGACCACCCCCCAGCGGGCGUUCGGAGGGGGCAAGGCAGCUGUGAUCCUGGCGGCCGUGGGGGGCCAGUUCCUCUUCUGCUGGCUGCCCUACUUCUCCUUCCACCUCUACUCCGCCCUGGCCACGGCCGAACCAGCUCCGGCCGCCCAGCUGGAGAACGUCGUCACCUGGAUCGGCUUCUUCUGCUUCACCUCCAACCCGUUCUUCUACGGCUGCCUGAACCGGCAGAUCCGCGGGGAGCUCAGCAAGCUCCUCACCUGCUUCUUCAAGCGCUCCCCGGAGGAGGACAGGCUGCCCAGCAGGGAAGCCUCCAUCGAGGAGAACUUCCUCCAGUUUCUGCAAGGCACCGGCUGCAACCUGGAGAACGGCAACCCCAACAGCACCUCCAGCCCCAAGCGGGACCCUCAGCAGCAGCAGAUACCUAUUGAUUUCAGGAUACCAGGACAGAUCGUGGAGGAAACCUCAGAGUUCAUGGAUCAGCACCCUCUCAACAGUGACCUAACCAUAUCGGACAACUGCAUAAGAACCAUGCCUUCUGCUAAGCCAGAGGUGUAACACUAAUAACAGGAAUAAUAAUAUGAAUUAUAAUAAUUGUAACGAUGGCUUUCUCUGGUGACUUUAUUACUCUUUAAAAUAAUGACCGCUAAGCUAAUCCAUUUGAGUGUGAAGUCGCGUGGAGGAGCACUUAUUUUACUGAGAUAUUCCACGUUAGUCAGCAUUUUUCUUUCCCUUUUAUAUAAGUCGGAAAUGCACAUGGAGUUUUCCGUAUGUGCUUUUCAGAUGCUGUUCCUACUCGGGGAUAAUAGGGAGGGGUGUGUGUGUGUGUGUGUAAAUAUUUUAACGUAAUAUUUAUUUAUGAAUUGAUUUUAUUUAUUAGUUUCAUUGAUUUGUUCCUAGACUUUUUGAAUCUUUUUUUUAUAAACAUUGAGGUAUAAAUAUUGUUACUGUGUGUCUAGAAUGGCUGCACAAUGACGCUGAUGGCUUUUUGGUGAAACAAUUGGCUAAGAAACUGCAUGGGCAGAGUUUGCAGCUCCGCGGUUAGCUGGGAGUAAGCAGGGAUGUGUGGUGUACAGUCAUUGAAACUGUAACCCAAGCUAUUGAGAUGGGGUUUAGAAUUCUACUGAUUCCAAUGGAAUUCUCCCAUUGAUCACAUUCUAACAUAUAAAUAAUAUACUGAACUCAAUAUGUUUACUGUACAGUGUAGACAUUUCAAGCUGGCCAUCGCCCUGACCAUACAACGAUGCACCAAACGCAGUUUCUCAGUACAAUGUUUAUUGUCAGGUUCUCUAGGUCUGGUUGUGAAAGAUGCCAAUUUUUGGCUCAUUUGGUUGGCGGAACAGUUGUUGGAAAAGUCAAAUCACGGUUUAGCAUCAAAGCUUAUUUUUCUAGGACAUAACCAUCAAUUGACGCAAUUAAUUGACAUGUUUUUUAAAACAAAAAGUCUUCAAAAGAAGAUCCAACGGCAAACAUGUCGAUGUUUGUCGUUGAAUUUACCGCGUUUCUUUUAGUAUUUCCAGAUGCUUUAUAGUUCUGAAGGAUCUUUCAUUAUUUUACAUGAAGCACAAGCCAAAACAAUGUGUCUUUCCCUCUGCUGCCCUAUAUACCUUACCACAGUGUCUCUGUGCCUCUGUUUCAUACACACUGUUAUCCUGUGCGGGUCACACUAGGUGAAAUAUUUUAACAGCUAGAAUGUGGAAAAGUGUAUGUCAGGCCUUUUAGGUUUGUAUUUUAAUAAUGAUACUGUACUGCAGAAUUUAAAAGCGAGCUAAAAAAAAAUAAAGAAAAAAUCAAUAAAACAUUA